AUGAGCAGCAGCACCAACAAUAUCACCCAAAAUCCUUGGGAUUGGAACAGUGGGUAUGGCUAUGAUAAUUUCUAUGCUCCUAACAACAACAGGAAUUCUCGCCGGAUGCCCACGGUUCCCCAGUCCCGCCGCUCCGCCUUCCAAGCCCGUCCGGACGCGAAUAGAGGAGGUGCACAAAAUACAUUGCGGCCGGCGACAGAGGAAAGAGCGAUGACAGAACCUCUCGGUUUAGCUGGAUAUCCUUUGUCGCCGCCUCCACCUGUGCAAGUUCUUAUCCUAAAUACUGGGGUGGCAAGACAGAUACCAGCUCCAAGGCUUAUAGGCCAACGAAAUUUGCAAGCCUCUGCUUCUACACAAUCAGAUUUCUCCAGACUAACCCAAGAUGAGCGAAACAGAGCAUUGAAAAAGCUGAAGAAAGAAGCCUAUAACCCUAUCCCAAAAAGGAUAUCAAGUAGAUUGAGCUGGUAUUACAGAGACCGUUCCAAUAUGGAUGUUUUUAAAGAGAGAGCACAGGGUACAGAAGAUGAUGGCAAGAGAUGUGCGGUUUGCUUAGAUGAUUUUGAGCCUAAAGAGUUGGUGAUGCUUACCCCUUGCAAUCAUAUGUUCCACGAGGAAUGUAUUGUGCCAUGGGUGAAGAGUAAUGGGCAAUGCCCUGUUUGUCGGUUUGUACUCUGCGACCAAGCCAGAGGAAGUGCAGCGCCCACGCCCAACAUUCAAGAUUUCGUAGCCAAUGAUAUAUCUGAAGGAGAGCUAAUUUCAGUCAUAAGGGCCAUGGAAGAGGCUUUCAUACGGGGCAAUACAUCACGUUGGUAA